UUCCAAGUGGGAUAGCAUAUCGUAAAUGUGAUGCAAAUGAAUGGUAUAAAGAAGAAUUCCUUCCAAAUAAGGCAAAAAUGUCCGUUAGAGGAGAUGAGUCUUAUUCCACUUUAUACAAUCAGAUACAACAAGUGCAGAGGGGAAAUACCUCAAAGUAUUAUGACUAUUUACAAAUAA